ACCUAGUGCUAUGAAAAGGCACCUCCAUCUCCCAGGAGUUAAUCAAUCAGGAGCAGGCAGAGUUGGGGUGGAGGAGAGGUGGGGAAGUGGAAGAGGGAACAGAGACACUGGCUGGCAAGUACACGCUGUCACAAAGGGAAGCUCCCCACAUCUGCAGCUGGGCUUACAACAGGAUGGAUGGAGCGAGCGAGCUGUGUGAGCGAUGAAAGCAAAAGCUGACAUGAAUUGUGUUGGGAAGACUUUUUGUGCCUUCGUUCUGCUCACCAUCGCUGUGGCCAUAGUAACAAUGGAUGACAGAGUAUCUAAAAUAGCUGGUUCCAGCAUUAAUCUGAACUGUAGAAAUGUUUCAAUGGUGGAUCUGGUAUCAGUAAUAUGGAAGAUAAGACCAAGGACUGGAAAUCACUGCAUACUGGGAUACAGACGUGAUCUGAACAAGUCAGGCAGAACAAACUGCAGUGAGAGAAUGGAUUGGAAAUAUAGUCCUGAAACUGAUAGUGCACUUCAGAUACGGCAAGUGACACUCACAGAUGAGGGAUGUUAUAGCUGUGAAAUUUCAACCAGCGAUGGAACUUACAAUCAAACCUACACUCUGACUGUAUUAAUCCCUCCUGUGGUGACCUUGACCUGUGACAGUAAAGGGACCGCUGUGUGCAAGGCAGCUGCAGGGAAACCAGCUGCACAGGUCUCUUGGGACCCAACCGGAGAUCCCAGGACUGAGCUUGAAAAUCACACAAAUGGGACAGUGACUGUGCUCAGUAUAUACAGCCCUAGAGAGACCAGUAUAACCUGCCUGGUCUCUCAUCCGGCUUGGAACACGAGCCAAUCCAAGGAAUGCCCAUCAGAAAAUGGAAACACGUUUCUUCCAUAUUUCGCCAUCUCCGUUGGUCUCCAGGGCAUCUUCUUCAUUCUGGCUUUCAUUUUCCUCUGUAAGGUUCACCGUGGCAGAAUUUGUUGUUAAUCCAAAAUCCCUGAGUCUGCUCCCACACACAACAUGCAGGAUAGUAUUGAGCAGCAGGAGUUGGAGCCCUACGCCAGCUACGUGCAGAAGGAAAAUAUGAUCUACAACACAGUGUGUGAAGUGACAGUGAGUGAAGACCUCCCACCAGGGCUCCAGUCAGCAACGUGAGAAUC